UCCACAUAGAAUGUGCGUAGUGUUCAACUCUGUCGUCUCGUCUGUAUCUCAAAUCGGGUCAACCUUUGUAACCCGAUACAACUCAUUUUACUCCUUAUUACCACAGUACCAUCUCCGGCAACACCUGUACGCAUUAAAGCUUAAGCGCCAGCUACGUGGCAACUUAACAACUAACGUUAGUGUCUCUGCAUGCCACGUGGCCGGCACGGUUUUCGAGGCAGCCCAUGAAUUUCUCACCGCCUUUUCUCCUUUUAAUUUUUCUCGUUGCUUCAUCAACACAGUCACCGCCAGUGUGUCAAGUUCUUACAGCUCCCUCCAACAUGGUGAGUACAUGUAUAAAUAGUUGGAAAUUGUUCUCUCGAAAAAUUCAGGUUCUGGGAAUUAAUGGCAAUUUCAGGACCCUUUUGUUCAGUGGGAUGACUAAUGCUGAAAAACAAAAUGAAAGACCUGAAAACGACCACGAUAAAGCUGCCGGCCUUAAGAGGGGAUUUAGGAUGUUGGGUGCAGACGUCUUUAAUGAUAGUAAGAUGCUGGAGAUUGAAAAGGGUGCGAGAGAGUUAAACAUCCCGAUAAGCGAAGCUAAUAGGAAACUGGUUGCUUCUGAAAAUGGAGGCUUGCAGAACCCAUCUUGUUUGACAUUUAAUCCAGAGUGGGAUUCUAGAGAAACACAAAGUGCAAAUAAACGGUUUAAAUAUCCUACAGUGCCUGGCGUGCAGAAACCAAGUUCUGAUGAAGAUAUCACUUUCAUGAGUGUUCUUGAACUUGGGCAACUCAUUAAGACUAGACAGAUUUCAUCCGAGGAGCUUACUGGAAUAUUCUUGAAGAGGCUAAAGAGAUACAGUCCUGUUCUUGAAUCUGUGGUCACUCUCACCGAAGAGUUAGCUUACAAACAAGCCAAGGAAGCUGAUCAUCUGCUGUCCCAAGGGGUGUAUUUAGGCCCCCUUCAUGGAAUACCUUAUGGGUUAAAGGACAUAAUUGCGGUACCUCAAUACAAAACGACCUGGGGUUCAAAAUCGUUCAAAGAUCAAGUUCUUGACAGUGAAGCUUGGGUUUACAAGAAGUUAAGAAGUGCUGGAGCAGUUCUUGUUGCAAAGCUUGUCUCAGGAUCACUGGCAUAUGAUGACAUUUGGUUUGGGGGUAGGACGAGAAAUCCUUGGAAUAUCGAGGAGUAUUCAACCGGUUCGUCAGCUGGACCUGCUUCAAGCACCUCAGCAGGAAUGGUUCCGUUUGCAAUUGGUUCAGAGACUGCUGGGUCCAUGACGUAUCCUGCUGCUCGCUGUGGAGUGACUGCAUUGCGUCCAACUUUUGGCACGGUUGGUCGAACUGGUGUCAUGAGCUUGUCUGAGAGCCUGGAUAAACUUGGCCCAUUUUGUAGAAGUGCAGCUGAUUGUGCAAUUAUUCUUGAUUCUAUCAGGGGAAAGGAUCCGGAUGAUCUUUCAUCAAGAAAUAUAUUCUUUGAUGAUCCGUUUAUGGUAGACAUAACAAAGCUAACUGUUGGUUAUCUUGAGGAUGCUGACAUGGAGGUUGUUCAUGUUCUCCAGUCAAAGGGUGUUAAAGUGGUCCCUUUUGAGCUCAAUUAUACAGUAGACUCGGUUCAAGGUAUCUUAAAUUACACAAUGGAUGUUGAUAUGUUGGCUCACUUUGAUGAGUGGCAGCGCACUGGAAUGGAUGACGAGUAUGAAGCUCAAGAUCAAUGGCCUCUUGAAGUUCGUCGUGCACGUGUAGUAACAGCAGUGGAUUAUGUUCAGGCACAAAGGGCGCGGGGUAAAUUAAUAAGGGAGGUAAGGGAGAGUUUCAAAGUUGAUGCAUUUAUCGGUAAUGUGACUGACUGGGAAAAAGUAUGCAUGGGAAAUCUAGUAGGCUUGCCUGUUAUGGUAGUUCCUACUGGAUUUAAAAAAAUAUCUGACCCUCCUUCAAACGAAACACGAAGGAAAACAACAGUGACAACGGGUAUAUAUGCACCUCCGGAUCGAGAUCACAUUGCACUGGCACUGGCCAUGGUUUAUCAGUCAGUUACUGACCAUCACAAGCAGCGCCCACCAAUCGACGAUCUCGGUCCACAUGAUUCAAUUCCAAAUCCGCCCAAGCAUAUCAUUCCUCCCAGGCAGCUGCGAUGACGACAAAACUGCAGAGUAUCAAAAAUGAUAGUUCAACCUUUAAAUCAUCUUCUCAACCGCUUGAGUAGUGAAAUUUUGUUUGUAUUUCGUGUAUGAAUUUGAAGCCAUGUUUUGUGCUGUAAGCCUUCUAAAUUCUAAUGGACUAGUUGGAAACAUCAAAGGUGGCAAAAAAAUAAUCACCCAUUUUCUGUCUGGAGGCGGCAACCUUAGUUGUGAGAAUCUCCCGAAGGCUUAAAACGAUUCUUGAAUUUGUUCGUGAAAUCUAAAUGAAUCUCGAAUUUGUUCUUAAA